GGUGUGCGUGGAGCGCAGAGCGAGCCGAGCGAGCAGCAGCAGUCCGCUCCCGCACCGCACCGCGCUGAGCAUGAGCGCCGCGCCUCCUCGCCAUCAAUGGACCUGACUCACAGCCGUGCCAGCAGCAGCAGCAGCAGGAGCCCGCGGGACAGGAGGAUGUGUUGCUGAAAUAAGGAUCAGGCCUGAGGGCGAGUCGGCCGUCCCUCCUUCUUCUCCUCCUUCUGUUCUCGUUGUUCCAGCAUCCAGAUCUCCAGAAGUCCGGGGUUUAGCAGGAAUAAGACCGGGAGAAAAGUCGUCGAGGACAUCCUCUACCCUCUGCUUUAAUCAGAAACACAGAGACAGCGCGCUCCGGGGCUGUUCUGCAGUGAGGACGGGUCUCUGCACACUUCUGGAGAGCUGCAUGGAAAUGAUUUGUGGGAGAAGAAGGAGAAGGCCGCUUGUGCUGGAGGAAACCGGAGCCCUCUCUCAGGAAAUCUGAUCCCUCUCACCGGUUAGCAGGCUAGCUAGCUCCCCUCUCUCUUUCAUACAUGGUGAUUUCAUUGCCUUUUAUUUCAAACUGGAACAGGGAAAAAUAGCUAGCUAGAUUAGCUAGGUUAGAUUUGCAGGCAUUGGGUUUUCCAGCGUUUUGCACACGCCUGGUUGUUGGUUUAUCUGUAGUACAGUUACAGAGGCUUCUGUUAACCUAGCUAACCUAGUUAGCUAGCUGAGCUUCUGUAGUUACAACAGCAGGAGCAGCAGCAUCCACUGAGUCUAACCUAAAGAUAGGUUAGCUUACUGGCUAGCUAGUUAACCUAGCUCCUCAACAAAUGACAUCAACAUUAGCCAGAAAACUGAAUGAAAAACGCACUAAGCUAGAGCAAGCUUAUUUAACUAACUAAUAGUUACAUCCAGCUAUAGAGAGGCCUUAUCGAGGGACUCCUCUGUUUCUGUAACUGGAAUACUAUAUCUGACUAGUUAACUAGCUAACCUACACCCUGUGGUCUUUUCUCUGCAAAUUCUUGCAGAAGCUUUUGCUAGCUAACCGAACCGUGUUAAACUAGCUAGCUCUAAUCAACACUAAUCAAAUACAGUGCUAUUUCAGCCUCAGUUGAAACGUGUCUAGCUAAGCUAUUGAACAUUUGCUCAUUUGCUGAUCCACUGUAAGCACUUUCUGCAGACAUAGUAGCCUAAUCUAAGACUAUAGCUAGUUAACUAGCUUAACUAGCAGAUUUUAAGACCCCCCUAAACAGAUAUUAAGUAACUAUUAGCUUGAGCUGAGCUUUUAAGACCCCCCACCAACACAGAUAUCGAGUAGCUUUUUUUUAUUAUUAUUAUUGUAUAUUUUUCUACUACACUAGCUGGACUAUCACCCCCACUCUAGCUUAGCUUAGCUCUAUCUCCAGCCCAAGUUCACCCCCUUCCUCCUCCUCCUCCCUCGACUCAAAACAUCGACCCCUCUCCCUUAGGACGACCCUCAUCUACCACUCAUGAACAUACAGAGGUCAAAUCCCAUUAACAUUUCGCGUUAUGGGAGAUCGAGGCACAAAGCGCACGAGUUCGAGGAAUUGUCUUGCAUAAGGACAACCGAGUCGAGCCAGAGCUUCAGCCCCAAUUUAGGAUCCCCCAGCCCCCCGGAGACCCCGGACUCGUCGCACUGCAUCUCGUGCAUUGGAAAUUACCUUUUGUUGGAGCCGCUCGAGGGAGACCACGUUUUCAGGGCCGCCCACUUGCACAGUGGGGAAGAGCUCGUCUGCAAGGUCUUUGAUAUCAGCCGAUAUCAAGAGUCCCUUGCUGCCUAUUUUGUGCUGGGCGCCCACCAGAACAUCAACCAAAUAGUGGAGAUCCUCCUGGGGGACACGCGUGCGUACGUGUUCUUCGAGCGGAGCCAUGGGGACAUGCACUCCUUCGUCCGCACGUGCAAAAAACUGCGGGAGGAAGAGGCUGCCAGACUAUUCUAUCAGAUAGUCUCAGCCGUGGCACACUGCCAUGACAACGGCCUGGUUCUUAGAGACCUCAAGCUGAGGAAGUUCGUCUUCAAGAACGAGGAAAGGAACCUUGUGAAGUUGGAAAGUUUGGAAGACACAUACCUCUUGGAAGGAAGUGAUGACUCUCUCUCAGACAAACACGGCUGUCCGGCCUACGUAAGCCCGGAGAUCCUCAAUGCUAGUGGCAGCUACUCUGGGAAGGCGGCAGACGUGUGGAGCCUGGGCGUCAUGCUGUACACAAUCCUCGUCGGUCGCUACCCCUUCCACGACGUGGAACCCAGUUCACUCUUCAGCAAGAUCCGCCGUGGCCAGUUUAGCAUCCCGGAGACAUUAACGCCCAAGGCCCGCUGCCUGAUCCGCAGCAUUCUCCGGCGUGAACCGGGCGAACGUCUAACUUCCCGGGAGAUCCUGGAACACCCCUGGUUUCUGGCUGCCACCAGCCAGCCUGGAACAGGCCACAGCAGGGGAGAGCGUGAGGUGGACCAGAUGGUGCCAGAGGCCAACAUGGAGGAGGAGCUGGAGCAGUACUUCAGCUGAGCAGCACAAAAAAAAAACUUUCAGACAUUUUGCCACGUGUUUUAGACGACAAAAAAGAGAAGUAAACAGAAUACACUCAUUACAAAGGUGUCUAUCGUUAUCUCCCAUUCCAUCGAGGAAAUAUGGGAAGGUCUGGCUUGAUGGUGUGAAAGACCUUCAGCAAGAGCUUCUGGGCAAUGCAAAUGUUAAUGUUCAGUAAUGUAGCAAGACUUACAACUAUCUUUUAGUUUGAGUUUUUCCUUUUUAUUUUAAGUGGUGCUCAUGAGAUGUACGAGUCACAUUAAGCUACAAAACAAACAAACAAACAAACAAAAAACCCACAACGGCACAGGAGUCCUCAGCCAAGGAGAACAAAACCAUGAGGCAAACUGCAACCACUCCUGUUCUGAGUUCUGAUUCAUCAAGAACAUGACGUUGUCUUCAGAUACUGAACUUUACUCCAAAAGCAUUUUGUUUGCUGUAUCUAUAUUUAUUCUUUGUUAUUUUUUAGAAGUAUAUUACUUACACCAUUCUGCUCUUUCGUAGCCUUAUAGGCCAAUACUAUAGAACGUAUGUGCUGGCUAUCCGUAAAGUUACAAAAAUAUGUUUGUAAUUUCUUCUCUUCAGGCUUGACCCCCCUCAUUGUGUAAUUACGUUAACUUUCAUUGUUUCUGUCAUUUGUGUACGGCUGCACCAAGUCAGCCCUUUGUGUUGCAUUAAGCUCUCACUUUUCUCUUAAAAAGUUACUGCUGCUUUUCUUCUGCUCUAACCUGAACUGAACCUUUCUCCUUGAGCCUCCAAACAUGAUAAGCACUUGACUUGCCUAGGCUGGGUGAAUGGUCCGAUUCCACGUCUCUAGGCUAGCAUCUAUUUAAUUUUAAUUUCUUUCUUUUACAGAAAUGAAAGUGAGUUUGUUUCUUCUAAUUUAAAAUAACUGCUAUAUUAAAAAUAAAUAAAUAUUUUCAGGGUUUUCUGUUCAGUUACAGUUUCAUCAAAUAUUGUAGGCAAUACUUUUGACACAGGACAGUUUGGAAGUUAAGGCAUUAAAGACUGUCCCAAGGUUUAGAAUGAACUUUAGUGCCAGUAUUUGUGCCCCCACACCACCUAUGCUGAUAGUGUUUUUGUUUGUUUAUUUGUUAAAAUUUAGGUUUGGACUCCACAACAGUAAAAUGACGUUACUACGACUACACUGUCUCCAGUACCUCAUGUUAAUUUUCUACUGCCUGCGUGGGUUCUGUGAAAUGAUCAUAUUCUGAAUGGGUACAUGUGGACAUGUUUUGUCGUAUAUCAAUGUUACUUGAAAUUGUGAUCUCUAGUCAAUGGCAUGUGCCCUUUUUGAAUGCUAUAGCCUGCCUAGCAGGGGUGGGUGGGGGAAGCUUAUUUUUUUCCCUUCCCCUUUUUUUUCCAAGAGUAAAUUCUUGCAGACAGCUAUGAUAGGAGUCUAAGUUGCUUCUGUAAGCAUAGUUUUGUUAUUAUUAUUAUUUUUAAAAUAUGCAUUUUGGUAGGAAGAACUGCCCAUGCUUUAUUUGGUGCCGAUUAGGUGCUAAUGUUGAAGGAGAUUUAGUUUUGAUUUAUUUUAUUUUUUUGAAGGGGGGGCGUGCAUGACGGGAUAUCUGCCUCAGAUGCUCUGAUUGUAAUGUAACUGAUUUUGGUGUUUUGUCCAAAUUUAUUCAGUAAAUAAAUUGUGAACUGCA